UUAAUAAGUUUUAGCCCUUUUCGGAUGUACUCCGUGUUUCUCCAGUUUCAAAAGUAUUUUUUUCGGAAAGAUUGGAAAAUUUUGAGUUAAAAUGACACUGACAGCUUAAAGAUUUGAGUGAAAUUCUCUGCCUUAAAAGUAUUUUGAAACAAGUUACAAAAUCCCACUAUCAAGAACAAUGAUUUCUUCCAGUGGUUUUUAUUGCCUUCUGCUGAAAACGUGCUAAUAAGUAUUAGAUACAGGUAAUUAGAUACCAGUUAGCUGUACUACGUACAGUUGGUGAUUGUAAACAUGGUCUUUGUUGGAACUAGUCCACCAUGGCCACGCUGGCCCAGGCUUGUAAACAUUCGACACUUUUCACUGCCUUCGUUUCGUUGUCGCGGUCGGGUGUCAGCUUGCUUUAUUUCAUUCGAACGCGACCGCUACCUCUUACACACAACACAAGCGGCAGAAUUCAAUAAACAAAAAAGUGGAUCAAAUCAACGUAGUCUGACACGAUGACAUUAGUAUAAUUCCAGCUUUUCGCAAGAUUUCAGCCAAUUUUGAUUAAAAUUGGUAUAAUAUUAGUAUAAUAUUAGUCACCUUCCAUCAAACUAGACGGCUGCCGACUGAUACCUCAAUCAACAACCGCCGCACUCUUUAUUCAUUCCAGGUAUAUACAAUUUACAAUCUUCUUCAAUAACAAUAUACCUACGCCAGCAAAUCUACCUCGCUCCAACUCUCCAAACUCGUACCUGACGAUACCUGAGCGUUCAACUCUACCUAUCUUCCAGCAGUCUUUACCCAGCAUUCUAUGAUUUAUACCCGUGAGCUGUAUAAUAAUGUCUGACUCGGUUCUGAAUUCAUCCAGUAUCUACUAGGGAAAACCAAACAGUAAAUGCAGAAAGGUUGCUAGAAGCAUAGUGAUUUCAUAGUAAUUUCAGCUAAUAAUCCAGUGUUUUUGAACUAGAUCCAGUGUUGUUUGAUAACAUAAUAAUUGUAAAGGAAAGUGUAACACGUUUUGGUGCAAAGAUUACAAAAUGAGUAAAAUCAGAUGUAUUCGUCCAUUCAAAGACAUUCAGUGUUCGAAAGAGCUGCGAUAUCUCACGGAUGGUAUCAUCCAAAAACUAAAGUCAAUUGGAUUUUCCAAGGUAUCCACACUGAACACCAAGGAUUUUCGUAUUUGUUCGUCUUGCCGUCUACAUAUUGAUUCAAGAGCUCACCUCACCCAAAACGAAGAACAAAGCGUAGCCGGUGGCUCAAGGAUGCCAACUGUUCAGGCCAUACCUGUUGUACCUGAUUCGCAAAGCUAUGAAAGUUUGGUCACGAUACCAUCAGCGUCAACGCUAAGCACAAUUCAAUCAAAUGAAGACUUCACGAUGCCUGUAGACGUCGAAAUAUUCAACCGAGGAAUAGCAGCUAUUCGUGUUUCGCCUAUAGAUUUAGGUAAGGUUAAAAAUGUUCACUAUCCUGAAAAAAGUGCGCUGAAAUCGUCGAAGGUGUACGAAGAAAUCUUUUUAAAUUAGACGCUAAAACAGAAAAAGCAAACGAGUUUAAUGAAGUCAUAGAAAAUAUAAAAAUUAAAUUUUUAAAUUCAGCCACAAGGCAAGAAAAACUAUCAAUUUUAUCAUUGUUACCAAAAUCAUGGUCAGUACAAAAAAUUGUAGACGAAUUUAAAACUAGUAGAAAUAUGGCAUCAGAUGCAAGAAAGGAAAAAAAUAAUGUAUUAGAUUCAUCUCAAGGUUCAAGCUCUGGAAAAGCUUUGAGUAAUGAAACAAAAGAACUGGUUUUGAAUUUUUUUGAGGACGAUGAUAUAAGCCGUGCAAUGCCAGGCCAAAGAGAUUUUGUUAGCGUAAAGACAGGAAAUAAGAGAUUAGCUGUUCAGAAAAGAUUGUUAAUGAUGACAUUAAGAGAAGCUUUUAAUCGCUUUAAUGAAGUGUACGUCAAUGUAAAAAUAGGGUUUUCAUCAUUUGCAAGCCUCCGGCCAAGGCAAUGUAAACUAUUGACUAUCACAGGAACACAUAAUGUUUGCGUUUGCACUACGCAUGAAAAUGUCAAUUUAAUUCUACAUAGCUUAAAAAAAUACAAUGUCUUGAAUGAUCUAAAAACAUUAACGAAUAGAUUACUUUGCGAAAAUAAGACAACUCAUUGCCAUCUACGAAGAUGUAAAAACUGCCCAGAUACCUCAGUUUUAGAAGACAGUUUAUUGAAACAACUGGAAGAAAACUUUGUUGAAAAGCUUUCAUUCGAACAAUGGGUUACCACUGACAGAUGUGAUUUAGAAACUAUUGUAAAGCAAACCGAUGACUUUGUUACAUUUUUCAGCUCAAAAUUAGAAAGUUUGAUUCCGCAUGAUUUUGUAAAAACCGAACAAUCCAAUUUUUUGAAAACUACAAAACAAAACUUGCAAGAUGAUGAAUUUUUGGCUAUUUGUGACUUUUCUGAAAAUUACAGCUUCGUUUUGCAGGAUGAAGUUCAAUCACACCAUUGGAACGUGCAACAGGCCACAAUCCAUCCUUUCGUAAUAUAUUAUACUGAAAAUAGGCAAAUUAAACAUUUUAGCUUCAUUAUAAUUUCAGAAGAACUAAGACAUGAUUCAGUCGCUGUUAAUUUGUUUAUUGAUAAAAUGAUGAACUUUUUACAAAUUGAUCAAAAUAAAAACAUGAAAAAAAUUAAGUUUAAGUCAAAGUAUGGUAUUGACGCUGAAUGGCAUUUCUUCGCAACAUCGCACGGAAAAGGUUCAUGCGAUGCUAUUGGAGGUACGAUAAAACGCAUGGCUACCAGAGCAAGUUUAGCCAAAGAACGCGAACACCCGAUAAAGACUGCAAGAGAGUUGUUUAAUUGGGCAAACAAACGAAAAGAAGAAGAACUUACAAAGUUGUCAUUUUGUUAUUCUACUACAGAAGAAUACGAAAAUAUGUCUUUGCAGCUAAAUAAUCAAUAUAAUAAUGCAAAAACAAUUCAAGGAACUCAAAAAUUCCACUCAUUUCUUCCUCUAUCAGAAAAUACAAUAAAGGCAAAGCUUUAUUCAAACUGCCCUGACAAUGAUGCCAAAAUAUUCGAUAUUGUUAAGAAAGUUGUGUAAACAAUAAUUUGAUAAAAAUACAGGAAUAAAAAUAAACUGAUGUACAAAGUAUAAUGUUAUUUUUUAUUGCGCACAAAUACCACCCCUGAAAAAUAAGCCUUAUUCGCUCUUUUGAAUCUUGCUAAUUGAGGAGCUUGCGAUAUGCAAGAGUUGAAUGGACAUUUUCAACACAAUACACCAAAAACCACUGGAAGAAAUCAUUGUUCCUGAUAGUGGGAUUUUGUAACUUGUUUUUCAAAAUACUUUUAAGGCAGAGAAUUUCACUCAAAUCUUUAAGCUGUCAGUGUCAUUUUAACUCAAAAUUUUCCAAUCUUUCCGAAAAAAAUACUUUUGAAACUGGAGAAACACGGAGUACAUUCGAAAAGGGCUAAAACUUAUUAAGUUAUCAAAAAAAUCAAUAUUAAAUUAGUAAUAUCUUCUAAACGGUGCAUCUUAGAAAAAUAUUACCGAAGUACUUUUUUCUUGCAAAUUUGUUGUACUUUCAUAACAUUAGGGCGACAAACUUUUUUGACUUUACUUAAUAGCUUUUUUUGAAAACCGUAAUUUUUUAAAACAUUUUUUUUUCAUUGUAACCUAUUUUUCUCCAGAACAACCCACUGUGCACUAGGUAGCAUUUUCAGUCAGCUAUAACAUAAGGAUAAUAAAAAAAAUAUUGACAUGUCACUUUUGAGGGAAAAACUAUAUUUUAGUUCAAAUCACAAAAACCAAACAUAUUUUUUUACCGUGCAUAUUUUCUCCAUAUAGCACCAACAAUUGUCUAAAACUUCGCCGAAGACACCAAACCGAUCGGACAAACCGUUUUCGAGAUACAAUUUUUUGAAAAUAUCAUGUGCAUUUUUCAUAGGCCCUUCUCAU